CCUCUUAUCUUUUACAGUCUCACUGUCCCUUCCCUCUUUCUGCGUCUCUUUUUUUCUUUUUUUUGGUGUUUCCUCUCUCCAUCCAUGAAAAUGUAUUCCUCUCGCAAAAUUCGCUUCUUCUCAACCUCCUCCAGCACCGUCACGUAUACAUUCCAAAAUGACCACUCUGCCCCUCAAACCAAAACCAACAAGACCACCGAAAUCCCCAUCAUCGAUUCCUCCACCGAAUCCCCAGCCAUCCCCAUCACCGUCCACCUGUCCACUUCUCAAUCCCAAUCCUCCGCCUCCGCCGCCGCCGCCGUGAAGAUACAGUCCGCCUACCGCUCCUACAUAGUCCGCGCACUCGUGAAGAAGAUCUCAGCAGUCAAUUCGGAAGCCAACCGCUUGGAACGGCUCCUCCAGCGGCAGGAAACGGUGGACGCCAUCAGAGGCGACGAUCGGGAGAGGAUGAGGAUGAACGAGGCCUUGAUGGGGCUGUUGCUGAGGCUGGAUUCGGUGCCGGGGGUUGAUCAGACGGUGAGGGAGCUGAGGCGGCAUGUGAGCCAUCGGAUCGUGGGGUUGCAGGAGAUCUUGGACGCCGUAUCGGACGCCAAGGUGGAGGACUGGGAUGGGUUGAUGAGGAAUUGGGACGACGUGGUGGCGGAGAUUGAGAAUGAUGUUUGUCGAGAGAGAGGUGGACACGAAAUGGAGAGGUUUUGUGCUGAGAAUUUAGGGUUUAGGUGCUUGCAGAGGUUUUUGCGUGAGCUGUGAUUCUGUAUACGGAGGUUAAUAUGAUAAAUAUUAAUAAUGGCAUUUCAUACAAAUCCUCCGUGGACUUGUAGUGUACAUAUUGAUAUUAUCUCAUACCUAAGUGAUGGAUGUAGUAUUCAUUCAAGUGUGCUUGUUCCCCUCUUCGUUCGUUUUUAUUUUUUUUAUUUUUUUGCAAUCUUCCUUUGUUUUUAUAACAGAUGCAUUUA